GGGCCGUGAGCGUAGUAAUCGUAUCGUGCGCGUGUGAUGACCAUCGACGCGAAUACUCGACCGCCAGUUAUUUUCGUUUUUAUUGGAUUACUUUAGUUAUUAUAUUAUUUAGGUCUUAAUAAUUCAUCUAACAAAAAUAAAUAAAGUACUAGAGAUUGAAAAUAUGGAAACGGAAAAAUCAAACAACGAAGAAACUAAAACCAACAGUGAAGUUCAAUCCACUAUGGUAGAAAUGGGAGAAGUUAACCACUGUUCAAGACCAUCCACUACGGUGGAAAAUAAGCCAUCAGGAUUUUUGGUGACUCUCAUACACUUUAUAAAAGGAAAUAUUGGUUGUGGAAUGUUAGCUAUGGGACAAGCCUUUCGGCUCGGAGGCUUAUGUCUUACUUUAUGUAUUUUGUUGUACGUGUGGCUAAUUUGUGUCUACAAUAUGCAUAUUUUGACUACAUUAAGCAAGAAAGUUCAAAACCGUUUGCAGUCUAAACGAGCACAGUCAUUUGGCGAUACAGUUGAAAAUGCAUUCAAAAUGUCCGACAAGUGGAUAUUUCGUAUUAUAUCUAAUAGUAUUCGAAAGAUUGUUUUGUAUAAUAUACUUAUCACACAAAUUGGUUUAUGCAGCGUUUACAUUCUUUUUAUCAGUGAAACAUUGCAAGAGCUAUUAAAACAAUAUACAUGUGAAAUGGAUAGACAUUUUGUUCUAUUAUUGACAAUGCCUUUGAUAAUGGUAUGUGCAUGUUUAAGAAAAUUGCGAUUUAUAGCACCAUUAUCAACUUUGGCCAAUUUUGCAUUGGUUACUGGCGUUAUCACAAUAAUGUAUUAUAGCUGUUCUGAUCUAGCAUUAGAUAACCGUAGAUUAUCAUAUGAUAAAUUAUCUGAAUUACCCACGAUGUUUGGAAUAAUCAUGUUUAGUUUUGAAGGAAUUGGAUUGGUUUUACCACUGUUUGCGGAAAUAAAAAAUGAUAAGAGAUUUACAUCAUGCUUUGGAGUUUUGAAUUUUGGUAUGGUAGCUGUUAUGAUGUUGAACGUUUCUUUAGGUAUGACUGGCUACAUGAAAUGGGGAGACGAUGUAGAAAGUAGUUUAACAAAAAAUUUACCAUACGACUCUAAACUAACGCAAUUUGUAAUUCUCAUGAUGAUAUUGGGUAUAGCUUGUUCGUAUGCACUUCAAUUUUACCCUGCUGCCAUAAUUAUCUAUAGUCACCUUGAAAAUAAUCAUGGUCCAUUUAAUCGGCCGGCUCUAUGGGAUUAUGGUAUUCGAAUUUCUGUAUGUCUCAUCACUUAUCUGGCAGCGAGUACGGUACCACAUUUAGACUUGUUUAUGUCAUUAGUCGGUUCAGUUACAUGCGUUGCGCUCACCAUGAUUUUCCCAGCGCUAUCUAAUUUGGCGUUCCGAUCGAAAGACAAAGGCUCCGCAAUCUGUACAACUGCAGACAUGGUCACCAUACUCACGGCGGUCAUCGGUUCCGUCACCGGAAUUUACGCCAACUCAACGGCCAUUUAUAAUAAAUUCACAGAAAACCAUAGCAAUGGCUAAGUGCGUGCAACGUGAUUGUUUGGUUUGUUGAAUUUAUAUUCUUCAUCACUCUGUGCCAUCACCAUUAUCAUCGUAUUUUAUUUUUUCUUGUAAACUAACUAUCGAUUAUUCUCGAUAGUUAUUCCUUUAUUUGGAUAAAUGAAAUAGACGAAGUGAAGGUGAAAGAAAUAGAGGAAGAUAAAAUUACAACGUGGAAUAAAGAACAAUAAGAAAAAGUGAAAAAUUAAAUCUCAGCAUAAAACUAUUAUUCAGUAUUAACAUUUUGUGUUACCUUUAUUUAUCUUUAUAUUAUCCGACCACGUAUAUAUAACUAUGUAUGCUUGAAAACUUCUUAAAUUCAUCAAACAUACGACUAAAUUAAAUUGUUUUCAAUAAGUUAUGGUAAUUAAUUUAAUGGAUAACUGAAUAGAAUGUGGCUAAGACAAAAAUA